AUGAGAACCCUCACCAUCCUCACUGCUGUUCUCCUCGUGGCCCUCCAGGCCAAGGCUGAGCCACUCCAAGCCGAGGAUGAGCCACUGCAGGCAAAAGCUUAUGAGGCUGACGCCCAGGAGCAGCGUGGGGCAAAUGACCAGGACUUUGCCGUCUCCUUUGCAGAGGAUGCAAGCUCAAGUCUUAGAGCUUUGGGCUCAACAAGGGCUUUCACUUGCCAUUGCAGAAGGUCCUGUUAUUCGACAGAAUAUUCCUAUGGGACCUGCACUGUCAUGGGUAUUAACCACAGAUUCUGCUGCCUCUGA